AUGUCAACCUCUUCAGGCGCCAACAACACAAUCGAAGAUGAAAAAUUGGAGUCGCAGGUUCCGUUUCCACGUUGUACUCGCCGACCCCUUCCAUUUUCAACAUCAUUUGGGAGUGAGGGGGACUCCGAUGAUCCAUUAGAGGCAAUAGAUGCAGUCAGUACCAAGCUGGAUUAUAAUUCCAGACUGAUCAAUUCAUGGCACGAGAAAUGUGUUGAAGACGAGGCCAUUUUGGCUGAUCUUAACAUUAGAUCCGUGAUCCACCGGUGUGGACGCCGGAAACCGCCACGAAACAGGGCGGUUUGGACAGUUUUUGAUGGAAUUUCACGGAGCUCGUUCGGACACCUCCGGCCACCAAAUCGGACGAGUGAGGUUUCAGCAGACUUUCGGGUCACUGUUCCGGCCACUUCCGGCCAGUUUUUGGGGCGAGGCUUUAUCGCUUUAGGCACCACGCGCUGCCAGCGCAUCUUAAUUCGGAUAAUGUUUGAACCUCGAACGGAUCUCGCCUAUUAUGCGAUUUCCGGGUUCGGUACGUUUGAACCGUUGGAUCAUAGUCAAUUUCAAGUCAAGAACAGAGGAAAGAACUAUGUGUGGCUUGAUCCCUCAGUAAGGGGCCUUUUGGUCAUUUACGACCCACGGUUACCAGGUGUCAGUUUUAAACAGGUUUCGACCUCGCAUUCCAAAGUGGAAAUUGGGUCAGGUCGUUUCAUUAGAGUGAACAAAGGGUUCUCCCAAAAGAACAAGUACUUGAAGCUGAGUCAUAAAAGGAAGCUGAAAGCUGAGGAGUUGGAUGCAGUAAUGAAUGAUGAAAUUAAAGGUUGUUUGAUGAACCAUAUGCGAUGCGAAGAGCACCAUAGUGAACUGGAGUUGGCAUUCAACGAAGGAUUCGAAAAAUUCCGAGCAUUCGCGGCAACUACUCAUACAAGUUAUAAUUGGGACUAUGUGUCCCCUGAUGCUGUGAGAGAGAUACUAGACGAUGGUGGUGACAUGAAUGAGCAUAAGCACGUCAAAGCUGCUCGGAAGAAGCCGACCGAUACGACUAAGUGA